GAAAUUUUGUCAGACGAGCACAAUCGUGUAUGGCUAUCACAGGCUGGACGUCAGCUAAUUGCUGAUCUAUUGCGACAUGCACGCAAAGAUCCCAGUCCAUUUUAUCUGGCUUAUGAUGCAAUGAUACAGUAUUUGGGUGAAAGUCAACAUAUGGAAAUUGUUGACAAUGAACUGAAACAACGAGGAGUAAGUGAUUUCACCGAAUAA